AUGGUGACCCCGCUGUUCCCACGCCCCACCCCGACGACGCCCCCGCCGACGGAGGCGCCCGAGGAGGAGCUGGUGCCGGAGGGUUGCACCAACUCUAGCGUGCUCGACUUCCUGGAGCAGAACGACAACCUGACGCGCUUCGCCGACAUGAUGCAGCGCGCGGGGCUGCAGGACACCAAGGGGCUGGAAGCAGGCGGCGGUCCGGUACUGGUGCUGGCGCCGACGAACGACGCGAUCGGGGCGGCGCUGGAGCGCGCCGGAGUCAGCGAGAGGGAGUUCCUGGCCGACACGGACCGCCUUCGCGCCAUCGUGCUGUACCACCUUGCGUCAACGGGCAGGUCGAUCUCUGAGGCCACGCGAUCCAGGCAGAUCGCCACGAGGCUGAGUGCGGCGCCGCGCCUGGGGCUCUUCGCGGGGUCCAGGGGCACGGUCCUCGUCGACGGCCCGUUCGGGGACGCCACGUGGACGGGCGCGGAGGAGGUGCUGUGUUCGCGCGCUGGCAUCCACGUCGCCCAGGUCGACCGCGUCCUGCUGCCCGCGGCCUCGCUCGCCGCCGUGUCCGGCGUGUCAACCGGCAGCCGGUGCGACGAGGGCGCAACGAUUCUCUCCGUGGUACGCAACACGCCGGAGCUGGCGCUGCUCGGCAGGCUGGUGGCGCGGGCCGGGCUGACGCGGGUGCUCGACUCAACGGCGCGGAACCUCACGCUGCUCGCACCGGACGAGCCGGCGCUGGCGAACCUGCUGGUGACGCUCAACACCACGGAGACCGACAUCGACCCCGCGACGCUCCGGGACAUCCUGAGCUACCACGUGCUUCCCGACGUGGUGCUCCGGAAGGAGGACAUCCGCGACGGCAGCCUGCGGACGCUCGAGGGCGAGUCCGUCGUCCUCGACGAGUUCCCCGGGGGUGUGGUGGUCGAGGGCGCAGCUGGGUCCGCAUCCUUCCUUAGGUAUAAUUUGAGCGCGUCGACCGGCCGGCGCCAGGCGUGCUCGGCGGAGGUCCACGUGAUCGACGCCGUGCUGGCGCCCGACGCCGACCUCCUGCCCGCCGAGGGCGAGUUGGGCGAGGUGGAGAGCGUCGCGAACGGCCCGACCGGGUUCGUAUCUGCGGGUCGACGUUGCCGCACAGUCGGCGACAUCGUCAACUUCAUCCCGGCGCUGCGGAACCUCACCCUCGCGCUGCGCUUUGCGGGCACCACGAACGACGUCCUCGUGCCCAGCGCGGACCAGGGCCCCGUUACCAUCUUCGCGCCGAGCAACAACGCAUUCGACUCGCUUGUGUUCAGUCUUGGAAUCGAGCCCAUUCAGCUGUACUUCAACAAGGAGCUCCUGCGCCAGAUCACGCUCUACCACGUGGCCACGGGCGGCGCACGCAAGGCCUUCCAGCUGUCCGACGGCGCCGAGCUCCCGACGCUCGCCCGGCCUCUGGGCGACGACGCCGGCCCGCCCUUGAACGUCGAGGUCAAGAAAGUCGGACGACAGAUCACCAUCGAGGGAGCGGGCUCGGCGGCGAACGUCGAGGCGUCGGACAUCGAGGCCUGCGACGCGGUGAUCCACGUGGUCGACACCGUCCUGCUCCCGAACACAACGCUCGCCCUCGACCCCGUGGAGGUGACCGAGAGCGGCGUGUUCGUGGGGGGCGUUCCGAUCGCCGCGGAGGACGCAGCGACGCUCGCGCUGUCCGGGUCGGGGAUCCGCGCGACCACGACGACGCGCGCUCGCCGACCGGGCCCAGCCGCGCCCGCCGGCACGCCCGCGCCCGGGGAUUCCGGAAUUCGCGCCACCGUCACGGAGAGCGAGCAGCCGGCGGCGCCAGCGUCGCCGACGGACUGCACGUCCGUGGUGGACCUGGCGCAGGCGGUCGAGCAGCUGUCGUCCUUCGCGGCGCUCAUCGAGCAGGCUGGCAUCGAGAGCACCCUGGGGGAGUCCGCUGACGUGACGGUCCUGGCGCCAACAGACGAGGCGAUCAACGCCAUGCUGGCGGCCACGUCGCAGCUGGAGCAGGACGCGCUCGAGUCUCCGGCUGGCGCGGCGGCGCUCCUCAAGUACCACAUCCUGCCCGGCCAGGUGACAGCGCAGGAGCUCGGCAGCCCCGGGCUUCGCGAGACCUUGGCCGGUGGCGCGGUGGGCGGGAGCAGCGAAGGCGUCCUCGACGCUCGCGGCGGCACCGCAACCAUCACCGUGCCGGACGUGCGCGCCUGUAGGGCGACUGUGCACAUCGUCGACAAGGUCCUCAGCCCCCCCGAGGGCUACCUGGAGGCGGCAGCGCAGUCCAACGCCCCCGCGCCGGCCGAGGAGCCCAGGCCGGGACGACGGGCGUGA